UUUAACUGGCAUUCUAUUUUAGAUUUAUGYCGCCCUGAGUGCGUUUUUAUAUUCUUUAUAAUUUUUGUUUGUAAAACAAAUUAGGGCAAAAUGCACGUAAGAUGAAAAUGCGUAGUCGACUAGCAGUAUUAAUACUAUUUUUUGGGGAAUUUAUUUUUGCAAAUAAUGAAUUAACAAACAGUGAGAUUUCUUAUUCUAAAGAAAGAUUGAAAAACACAACAAAUGCCUUAACUGCAGAUAGAAGUGGAAAAUUUCUUUUCGAUGCAAUAUUUCGAAUCAGCUCAAGCAUUACCAAUGCUUUCGGAUAUGAAGGAGAAGAAUACUCUGAUUACAAUGAAGAUAUCAAUAUAAAGACUUGCGAAUGUGAUUGUGGAUAUUCUAAUGAAGAAAUAAGAAUAGUUGGUGGUAGACCAACAGGCAUUAAUCAAUACCCUUGGAUGGCUCGUAUAGUAUACGAUGGCAAAUUUCAUUGCGGAGGAUCUCUGCUUACAAAGGAGUAUGUGUUAACAGCAGCCCAUUGUGUUAAAAAACUAAGGAAAUCAAAAAUACGGAUAAUUUUUGGAGACCACGAUCAGCAUAUUACAUCUGAAUCUAAAGCCAUUCAGAGGGCCGUAAGUGCUAUAAUUAAACAUAGAAAUUUCAACCCCGACAGUUAUAACAACGAUAUAGCGUUGAUAAAAUUGAGGAAACCAAUGGCGUUUUCGAAAAUUAUAAAACCAGUAUGCUUACCGCGUUUUAACUAUGAUCCUGCAGACCAGAAGAGACUGCAACGGUAGAAAACCUUAAUGGACCAGGUCUGAAGAGAUUGGUCGCUGGAAAGAAAUUGCCGAGAUUGAGUUUAAACUUUAAGCAUAUGAUCAUUUAAAAAAAUAGUAUUGAAGUGUUCGGUAUAACAUUUUAUGAUAUCGUUGAAAAAUAAGUAAAAUCGGAUAAUAACAAAGAAAAAACUACAUAUCGUCACCUGAAAUGCAAAAUAAC